CGACCACUACGAUAGAGUUGAGUACGCCACAGCCACCGCUAAUACGAGAAAUCUAGUCGAAAAGGUUCACCGGUGCCCGCACUGCCCCAUUCCCUAAAUUGGUGCCAGGGCCUGCAUUUCUAAAUCAUUCCCGUCAUGCGAAUCGGUAUUCAGAUUAGAUAUCAAUGUUACCAAAGCUAUGAGGUCCUCACGACGAGGACAAUCCCUUGUGGGAAUGACCCUGGAUGGAGACAUCCAGGUCCAUUCCCUUCUGUCGCAAAGUGAAACUGGCCCGACAUAUAUUGCCCAGGACCUAUCGGCUUCCACGUUCUACGAACUGAAGGUCUUCUCAGCCAGCUGGGUUCCACGUAGCAAAACACACCUGAUGUGGCGUGAACAUGAGAGCCUGGAGGCAGACAGCAGGUUUAUAAAAGCGUGGAGACGAGACAGAAAGGCAUGUACGCUAUUGCGACUCCCUAAGGCUCCCUUGGUGACCGAGGAGGGGAUUUUUGUGCUAGAUGCUGGCAAGAGGAUUGCGGUUGCUGCUGGGAGCUCUGUGAGAAAGAGUAACCGGAGUUUGGGCCAUGCAAGCGCCCCGGUACCGGACUUUGAUGAUGAAACGGCGUUUCCGAGCCUUGGUGAUGGUACCCUUCGGACCAAAAGAGCUAAAGAUACGCGGUAUAUUGCCCCAGCCCCAGGAAACGGCCGAAUACCAGACGCCACGGAGUCUUUGAACAAAUGGCUCGCAGCCAGCGAGAGUAUUAUACAGAAUAAUUCAAAUCGGCAGGUCCAUCAUGACCGUAAUAUUCGUGAAGCUACCGUCCAACCUAUGGCUCAGGCCAAAGAGGAGAGGGAUGACCGGGACCAAAAAAAAGAAAGGAAAAGAAAGAAGAGGGCGAAAAAGAAAAAGGGAAGAGAAGAGAAGGGAGAAAAGGAGAAGUUAGAGAUCGAAACAGUGAAGAAGACGGUAGAGGAAAAUGGGAAAAUGGAGAAAGAGAUAAAAAAGGAAAAUAUAGAGCAACAGCACCAAAGAGAGGAAAUUGGCCAAGAGGAGAGAAAGAAGGGGGAACAUAUCACGCUACGUACUACUGCUACAAAAUCGACGGCAGAAUCGACUGCAAAUUUGAUCUCUUCGAAGUUUGACAGCAUUGCAUUGUUGGGAGCAGCAGAGUCUAGCCCGACCAAAAACCUGGAGAAUAUCGUAGUGCCUCCAACGAAUACCACCAUGUGGCAGCGCUCACUCUACACUCGUCUCCCAUAUUCAUGGGAAAACGCUACGAACAGUUCGGGAAAUGGUGUCUUUGCUCACUACGGGUUUGUCGACCGCAAUCAAAACUUUAAUGGCUUCUUGAAUCGCUCUUGGUGGUCCCCAAUCAUACCAGGAAAGAGUAGUUUUGAAACCGCCCACCACAAUCAAAAACAGAAAGUUAUCGUGGAUACCACUCGUCUGUAUUCUGAGCUCCCGAUAUACUAUCCACGCGGAGUGCAAGCCGCUUCCCAGGAGACCGAGAUUCGGCUGAUAGAGCUCAAGCCGGAGUUCAUGGGGGACUCUAUCUUCUGCAACAUGUAUUGUACCAGCUUGCAAAAGAAACCCGAGUUCAUUGCCCUAUCAUAUUCCUGGGGAGAUGUGGACAAGACGCAUACAAUCCAUGCGAGGGGCUACGAGGUCCCGGUUACGAAAAAUCUUCACCAAGCCCUGAUGCAACUACGCAAGCCGCAAGAGUCUGCUGUUUUGUGGGUAGAUGCGAUCUGCAUUGAUCAAGCCAAUGUGCAAGAUAGAAACUACCAAGUCAAACAAAUGCCGAAGAUAUAUAGCGCAGCACAAGAAGUGGUGGCCUGGCUGGGUGAAAGUAGGUUUCUGGGUGAUGAGGCUAUGAGGCUUAUUACGCUUGCUCCAGAGGACCUGCGGAAGCUGAAGCGCUCCAGCGUACAGACGGUUCUGGAUGACCUGUUCUCCCGCCCUUAUUGGAGUCGUGUGUGGGUGGUGCAGGAGUUGGCAUCAGCCAAUCGAUCCCGACGAGCUUGUACAUUACGGUGUGGUGAAAAGUCAGUCACAUUGAAUCAGUUCGCGGAUUUUUUGCGGAGGAUCCUACGCCAGAUCAAAAUUUCCGAGCUCCAGACGAUAAUGCGGCCGAGGUCGCUACUAUCUCUCAGUACACAAGAUCCCAGCAAGACGUUUCUGCACAAUCUUUGGGAGUCGUCAAGCCUUCUAGCCACCGACGCUCGUGACAGGAUAUACGGAAUUCGCGGAAUUUCCCCCAAGUUCUAUCGCGAUAAUAUCGAAGUCGAUUAUACGAUCGAUUUUGAGACUCUUUGCAGAAAGGUCAUGGCGCUCAUGGUUAAAAAAGAACGCAGCCUUGAUGUCCUCUGCUAUUUCCACAGAUAUACUUCUGAAGCCACGUCCCCGUCAUGGCUGCGCGACUUCAGCAAACGAAAUCCGGGAAUACCGCCAGAUAUGUAUUCGUGUGACAAGGGUCGAAAAGCAAAUGCUGAGAUCGUAAAUCGCAUUCUGCGAACGAGAGGUGUCCGCAUCGGCCGUGUGGCGGAGAUUAGAGUGUUCAACAAAACGACUCGCAAGGACCCUUGGGCAUGGAUGCCGAAAACUGACCUCAAGCUGAAGUCGGAAUUGAGUGCAAUCCAGGACCUAGCCUUCAAUGCACUCCAGAAACAUCAUCCAUAUGAGAAUCGCUUCCUGGAGAUGUUUGCGGGAGGGAAGCAACAGGCAACGGAGCAGCUUGGGAAAGAGUACCAUACUCGCUGGCGGAAUAUUUGGGACAAAAGGAUUGCCUUCGAGAAAGGCACCGUCAGCUCAGAUGAAUGGGAACGAUUGGACGAGUCAUUCUGCAGCACUUUCGCAAGACUUAUUGGUCGCUGUGUUUUUACAACGGUUGAAGGAAACCUUGGUUUGGGUCCUCGAGACAUGCAGAAAAAUGAUCUUGUUUGCAUCAUUUUUGGCUGCAGAUUACCUAUCAUUUUGAGGAAGGAUGGUCGCUACUAUACAUUAAUUGGGCCGGCCUAUGUGGACGGCGCGAUGAACGGGAAAUUCGUUCAGGAGUCUGAGAAAGGAGAUAGAUUCUGGAUUCGAUGAUACCUCCCCGGCAUUCCCAAGAUACAGGACCUCUUUGCGUCCGGUGACCUAGCGUGAAAACUGAGUCUUUUCUGCGUGCAGUCCAAGACGUCGGUUUCCGAUGAGAAAGUUCGCUCGGAGGUACUCGACGACGUGGACUUGGAAACAAACGGCACCUACCUAGGUACGACAGGCUUGCCAUCGUCAGGUUUGUGGAGCCUCCGCGAAUCAUCGCGGGGCUUUCAAUCUCUUGGAUACCAGCGAGCAGUUGGUCUAGUGCUCGGGUGGUUGAUCAAGGCUGUGGCGUCCGUUCUGCGCUUAAUUUAGCGAGCUUUGGAGUAGGAUAUAUAUUUGUAGGAACAUAAAUAAAUGAGAUGU